AUGAGAUUUAUAAGGACCAAAAAACAAUUAAAAGUGCUUUUACUUAAAAUUUGCGAACCGUCAUCUGAGUACAAUGUUUAUAAGUGCCUUGAGGAAAACAACAACGAAGUGAUCGAUUCUACGAAUCAAAGCCAACAAGACAAUUUUAUUGAUUUGAACGUAGAAGCUAAUUUAGCUAUAUUACAAAAUAGAUUAUUGGCAUCAGCAUCAAGCAAGUAUGGAAUAAAUAUAGUCAGAGAAAGGAAUGUUCCUUCAAAAGCACCGAAAAAAAAGAUAUUUAUAAUCUACCUCUAUCGAACUCAAUUAGCAAACAUUCCGUACGAAAUUCGACACUUUACUUUAUCAAACGUAAAACAAAGCGUUCGUUCAACUCCAUGUACAACACCGAUCGAUUUUGAUGUAAACAGCGGAUAUAAGUUGACUUUAAUUGGCGGAGGUUAUCAGCACAAGAAGGAGAGGAAAAGAAAGAAAAAUUAA